CCGACACAGGUGAAGUGUUACCUGUCUUGUCUCCCCUGGUCAAGUCAUCACUGCCAGCGGAAACUUUUUGACGGAGGCCAGAGAUUUUUUGACGGAGGCCAGAGAUUUUUUUGGACUUGAUCAAACGUUGAAGUGCAGUUAACGCUGAGCACCAGAUAAAUAGCAACAAGCAGGACGCAACAGGACCAACAUAACAGAAAGAACAGACGAGGGAACAGAAGAGAGAAAACAUUAGAGAGAGAACACAGAUAUCAGAUAUUUUCAUCCUUUGUUCUAGUUGUAUUUUACGCCAACACUGUCCUACUCUACAAAAGUUUGUUUCUAGCUGAGAUUCAGAAUUCAAAGUCAGGAAUUCUGGAAACUGUAACACCUACGUCACCAUGAGAGCCAUUAGUGUUGUGUUGGUCCUUCUGGUGCAGGCUAUCAGGGGUCAAGGUCAGGCAGUUGGAGGUGGGACCGAGCUAGGAAGUCUAGUGGGGGGCCUACUGGGUGGUGCCAUAUCAGCCCAGGGCCGGAGCAUCAACGCCAUCAGUUACACCCUCCCCUCCCCUCCAGCUCUGAUGGGAACUUUAGCUCCGAACAACGAUCUCAUCAACGCCGAGAAGGUCCACUAUGGUUUGGUCAACGGGCCUAGUUCGUUUGUCUUUUAUCAAGGUGAGCUGUAUGCUGGAACCAGAGACAACAAAAUAUACAACAUGGCCAGGUGCAAACCGAAACUUAUUGCUGAUCUUAACUCACCGGACUGUGUUCAAACGGACACGUGUGGUCAGCUGACCAGUCUACGUCGUGAUCCGACUACAGGUGACCUUAUUGCACUGGAUACGUAUAGAGGUGUCUUCAGGAUUAACAUCACCACAGGCGCCUACGUCCCACUGUACAGUGUAGACUUGCCUGUGGGUGGUAGGGUCCCUGUCCACCUGAACGAUAUGGUGGUCACUAACGAGGGCAUGAUCAUCAUGACCGACUCCAGCGACACGUACGAGUUUGGCGCUGAUAUGUACAUAGGCAUGGAGGGGCGGCCUACGGGGAGGCUGAUAUGGCUCAAUCCUAAGAAUGGCGCCACACAAGAACUGUUGCCCAAUUUUUUCGUGUUCCCAAAUGGAAUUGAACUCACGCCCGAUGGGUCGGCUCUACUGGUGGCUGAAACAGGACGUGUCAGGAUACAGAGAGUUAGCCUCCAGCGUCCCACCUGGCUACAGAUCACGACCUUCUCCUACAACCUACCUGGCCUGCCAGACAACAUCCGGGCCAGUGACAGGGGCACCUUCUGGGUGGGGAUGAGCUACCCCCGGCACACACGGUCCCAGAACCCCAUGGACCAGUACUCGUCUAAUCCCGUGUACAGGCGAAUGGGAGCCGCGAGAAUGAGCUACACGCAGCUACUGGCAAUGUUCAGCAAAUGGGGGAUGGCUGUGGAAAUCAACGCUUUUGGUGCCAUCAUCAAAACCUUGCAGGACCCAACAGGUACGACGAUGUCGAUGGUGAGUGAGGUGGCUGAGUUUGGUGGUGUGUUGAACAUUGGGUCACCUGAGAUCAGCUACAUGGCCAGGAUCGUCAACCCACAGAGAGGGGCUAAGGUGGACAGUCUCAUCGCGAUUGCCAGAAGUCGAUGCCAGUUAGAGGACGCCAAAGUCGAGGAAACCAGGAAAGCUUUUGAAGCUCAGCUAGCAAAGAAAACAUCGCCACCACCUAAACGGCCGUGAUUAGACAUUUAAGAUUGUUUUAGUGCACAGUAGGGUAGGGGUUGGCGGGGGUAAAGUUUGGACUAGAAGUAAGAGAUAAAUACAGGAGUGCAAAUAUCAAUAUUUACUUACGUUGAAAGUAUUUUAACUUUUGUAGCGAUCGUUUGACUCGAUGUGUAUACAAUAAAAAUUACAG